GCUGAACUCACAUCUCCUGUCAACAUGUCCUACAACUGCUGCUUUGGAAACUUCUCCUCCCACUCCCCUGGAGGCUAUCUGCGCUACCCAGGCUCCUUCCACCCCAGCAACCUGGUCUACAGCACUGACCUCAGCUCUUCCAGCUCCUGCCAGCUGGGCUCCUCUCUCUACAGUGGCUGUCAGGAGACCUGUGAUGAGCCCACCAGGUGCCAGAUGUACCGUGUGGUGUCCAGUCCCUGCCAGACAUUCUGCUACCAUCCGAGGACCUCCACGCCCUGCAGUCCUUGCCGGUCAACUCACACGGGAUCUCUGAGCUGUGGGUCCAGCAGGGGCUACUGCCUGGGCUAUGGAUCUAGAAGUUGCUACUCACUAGGCUGUGCAUCCCGUGGCUUCAGACCCCUGGAUUAUGGGAUCUGUGGCUUCCCUUCCCUGAGCCAUGGGUCCAGAUUUUGCCGCCCAACAUACAUGGCUUCUAGGAUCCGCCAAACUUCUUGUUACCAACCAACCUGUAUAUCUGGCUUCUACUGCUGA